AUGGGAAUCUGUUCAGCUAAGCGAAAAUAGAAUGUAAACAUCAAAGAACAUGUAGAAUAACAAACAAAAUAGUUAAAUCAAAAUGAUUAAUCACUAGAAAUUCAAAGAUUAGUUAAAUCUGAAAGAAGCAUCAAAAGCAUAAAACCAACUGCUUCUUCUCCAAAGUAAGUAUUGUCUAAGUUUGCUGCAACUCCUUCUACUCGAUAGGUUAAACAUAUGGUUUGGGCUGAUCAAAUAGUCGAAAAUGCAGGCUUUCGUGGAACCCUCAAAACUUGGGUUUCAAUAAAGAAUGCCCAAUUUUCAAAAUACUAUACAAUGUUAAACAAAGACUAAUUCAAUUAUAGAAUAAAAUAGUUAGACCACAUCGUUGUAGUCUAACAUAAUCUAAGUGGUAAAAUAAUGGUUGCUGAAAUGAUCAAAAAAACUUAAUAAGGAAUUUAACUAAUUGAGUCCAUAGUCUAAACUUAAUUAGUAUAUAUAUUAUAUAUGAUAUUUUUAGUAACAUCCUAAUUUAAUAAGAAUUUUCGAAAUAUUUUAGGAUAGUAAUAAUUAUUAAAUAAUUCAUGAUUUUUGCAACGGACCUCUAUUAACUUAAAACCUACAUAAAUCUGUUUACACUCAAUAGUAAUCUGCAUUAAUUUUGAAGUAGAUUAUAGAAAUUGUGAAGCAUCUUCAUUAAUAUGGAGUGAAUCAUGGGGGAUUAACACUGACUUCUUUUCAGAAAUGUAAUUAAUCAAAUUCUAAUUUUAUUAAAUUAGUUGAUUUUAAACCUAUUUACUUAAAAUCCUAUAUUUCUGAAAAAGAAAUCUUUUAAUAUAUGUCACCUGAGGCUAUCCAAUUUCCUGAAGAUUACACUCCUGAAAGAGAUGUUUGGAGUAUAGGAGUAAUACUAUAUUAAAUGUUGACUGGGGAAUUUCCAUUUAAAGGAAAUAAUAAAGAAGAAGUAUUUGAGGAAAUAAGAGAUUAUUCAAUUUCAGAAGAUUUCAAACAAAAAUGUUUACCAUCUGAAUCUGUGGAUAUUUUAAAAAGAUUUUUCAAAUUUGAUCCUGCUAAAAGAAUUAAUUUGAAUUAAGUUUUAAAUGAUGAUUGGCUUAAACAUAAUAUAGAGAUUUAAUAUGAAGAAUAGAAAUUAAUAGUAAAACAGUUAAAUACUAAUCAUUCUUUGACUUUUCUUUAGUGUUGCUUUCUAUAAUUCAUGAUUUCCACUUUUUCAGCUGAUUAAGAAUAAUUCCUAUAUCAACUUUUUGGUUAAUUUGAUGUUAAUCAUGAUGGUAAGAUAAGUAAAUAAGAUCUCACAAUUGCUUAUAUCAAACAUUUUAGUAGUCUUUAGGAAGUUAAAGAACAUGUAGAUGCUGUUUUUAAAGGGAUUGAUAUAAAUAAAAAUGGAGAAAUUGAUUUCUAAGAAUUUUUAAUUGGAGUUAUAAAUAAAGAGACUUUAAUUACAGAAGAUAAUCUAAAAGAAACAUUUAAAAUACUGUCUGACAUAGAAGGAUUUAUUUAAUUAUCUAAAAUGUGUACUUUAUAUCACAAUAAAAAAUAAUAGUUAAAAUAGUAAUUUUCUGUUUAUGAAAAUAAUCAAGUAAUAAUAAUUACUAAUUUAUAGAUGAAUUUUAAGUAAUUUUAACAGCUGAUGUUUGAUGCUCUUUGA